CCACACCCACUUAGCCAUUAUCAUUAUGUCGGAAGGUGAUACAUGUACUCAGAAAACUAAGAGAAAGGAACAGCAAAGAGACUAGCUGCUUCAAAGAGCUCAUACUAUCACACGGGCGGCUGUUUGAUCAAGUGGAAAACCUAAAGAAGGACAUCGCUAGACUGGAGUACCAGAACAAUGAACUGGAGAGGGAUCUAAGAGAAGGAGGGGGCAGUACAGGAGGAGGAGCUAAUAAAUUGAACAAACGAAUGGAAGAUCUUCAGGAAAGACUCUUAACGAGGACUGAUGAGGUCUCUGAGGCUCGUCGGGCAAUAGCUGAUGAUCCUUUCCCAUUGUUUCCUGGAGAGAGAUUACCUGAGAGUGGCAGUGCAACUGAUUAUUCUCGUGCUAUUAAGCGUCUCCCAACCAUAAAAGCAGAUCAUGGGAUACACUUGAGUGCUCUGGUUGAUAUGGAGGAGACUGAUACUGCUCCAGCUCAUAAGGCUGGGGAUGAGUGGCAGCUGAGAGGACCAUUGACCUACUUACCCAAACCAGAAAAGGAGGUUGUCAAUGAGGUCCAGUUGACUGUUUUAUCUCACCAUCAGUAUUGUGUGGUUGUUAAUCCUCUUGGUGAUGAUGGUAGACCACGUCUUGGCUGUAGGGAACUGAGGAAAGGACCCAAGACAUUCUUCCUUCAUCCUGGUGAGAAGUUUGAGAGAGGGAUACAAGAUGCUAUUUUAUUAGAAUCUGAUGAAGCUCUUCUUGUCACUGCUCAAGAAGAAUUUGAUAUUACCGAAGAUGGUAGUAAAGUCCAUCGUACUCCUGGUGAUAGGUGGAUGGUUCAUGGACCAACUGACUAUAUACCUAGAACUGAGAUUGGGAGCAUACAGAGGAGGAAGGCUACUCCAUUGAAUGAGAAUGAAGGGAUUUAUGUUAGAAAUGUUCAGUCAGGACAGGUUCGUGCUAUAUUGGGCCCUCAGUCUUAUCUAUUGCAAGCUGCUGAGGAACUGUAUAAGAAAGAACUGACUCCACUAGCAGAAGAAAUGUUAAAGGAGGGUGGUGGUGUUGGUGAUGCCAAUAUUAGGAAGAUAGCAUAUUUUGAUGGAGCUAAAGACCCUUCGCUCUUUAAGGGAAAUAAACGUGACAAGACUCGUGUAGUUACUUACAGGUGCCCCAGUAACUGUGCAGUCCAAGUGUACAAUUAUAUAGAGAAGACAGCCCGGGUUGUAUUUGGUCCUGAUCUUGUAGUCCUGGAUCCUCAUGAGAACUUUAAUGUCCUCAGUUUGAGUGCUGGUAAACCAAAGAAGGAGAAUGCCCUGAAGACUAUUUGCCUCAUGCUAGGUCCUGACUUUAUAUCUGACCAUAUUACAGUAGAGACAUCAGAUCAUGCUCGUCUUAAAAUUGCUGUAUCAAUGAACAAUGAAUUCAGAGUUGAGAGAGGUAACCCAGAGAGUGAGGCUAUGCUGUUCAGUGUUCCAGACUUCAUUGGAUUUGCUUGCAGAGAAGUUGCUAGUAAAGUAAGAGGUAAAGUAGCCUCUAUACCAUUUGAACAGUUCCACAAGCAUUCAGCCGAUAUUAUAACUGCUGCUGUGUUUGGUAAGAAUGUUGAUGGAGAAGUUAAUAAAGAAGUGAUAUUCACUGCUAAUAACCUGGUGAUCACUAAUAUUGAUAUUCAAAGUAUUGAACCAAUUGAUCAUCAUAUGAGGGACUCUCUAUCUAAAUCUGUGCAAAUGGCAAUUGAAAUAUCUACCAAUUUUGGGCCUGUCCUCUUAAUACAGUCCUUUGUUAUGACAGAACUCCUGGGAAUGAUACAAAAGAAAUAUCUGAAAAACAUGCAAGAGGCUGAGGUUCAGUUCUUGAGGGAACAGAAUGAACUGCAAAUAAAGAGAGCUAAAGAUCUCAGCAACAUUGAAGUGUCUAAGUUCAGUACAUUGGUUAGUUCUAUGGGUAAACAGACUAUAUCCCGUAUUGCUAAAGCUGGACCAGAAUCAAAGGCUUGUUUGUUACAGAGUUUAGGUAUACAGUCUGUUCUCAUUACUGAUGGUAAAACUCCAAUUAAUAUGAUUGGGAACCAGACAGGUGGCUAUGCUACUACUUAUGCUCCUUAGAAAACUCUUUGAGGAGGACUAUUAUAUCAUUAUUAUUUGUGUUAAUCAUUAGUAUAGUUUUUAGCUGAAUUUAUAUAGUUUUCAGAGAUUUUUAUUAUUUUCUAUUGGACAUGCAGAAUUGGACUUCAACAAAAUUUUAAAAAUGCACCACACAAAUUUUAAAAUCGAUAUUCAAAUCCUGGUUAGUAAGAGAAAUGUUGACCACACAUAA